GCGACCGGUCCUCCCUCCUGCCCGAGGGCUGCGCGGCGGAGGGCCCGCCGGGAGCCGGAGCGCCGGCCCGGACCCGGAAGGGCGGAGGUCAUAGCUCGCAGGCUCCGCACCCGCGGGGUCACCGCCCUCCUCCACCCUGGCGUCCCCAGCCGCUGGCGCCCAAGGCGGCUCGUCCAGGCCCGCGAGCCAGAGCUGGACCUGAGAGACUGCCAGGUUCCCCGCCACACACACCGAUUCUCCAAGGAGACCGGCUGGGGACGCCUCCACUCGCUUAUGCCUGCGGGACACCGUUGCUGCCAUCACCCACCUCACCCUUGGGAGAAUCUUCUCCUCUCCAGCCCCCAACCCUGACGGGGAUGAAACCAGCUUCCUCUUUGCUGCUUGGGAAGGUGGGCGCACAGACUCUUUCUAUCCUAAGGGUGCGUCUGCACACGGAGAAAGGGGAGACCAAGCUAACAAUGCAGUUUAUCUAACAAGACAACUGACGAGUGAACCAGUCUUAAAUCUCAGCAACAUCCCAGUAAAGCCCACAGCAAGACUGGUGCUCCCCAGUUGCCUUUCACUUCAUGCAUGGAAUGCUGGAGAGCCAGAGGAGCAGGCAGGAUGCGCCUGAGAGCUACGCUGGAACUCCAAGUAGCGGGGACCAGGGAAGGAGGAUACACCCUGUGUGGAGAGCAGACUGCCUCAGCCAUUCCCUCCAGGACAAACCUGUGCAUAAGCUGAAUCUGGAGAUGAAAUUUUGGGAGUUGCCAGCAGUGAGAAUGGAUGAGGUCACCAAAGAACUGAGGUUGCUGUCACCACCCACUUCACCCUUGGGAGAAUCUUCUCCUCGCCAGCCACCAACCCUGAUGGGAAUGAAACCAGCUUCCUCUUUGCUGCUUGCAAAGUCGGGCCCUACCCUGGACAUGCCCGUGCCCUCCAGCUUCAACGACGUGGGCCAGGACGGGCAGCUGCGGAGUUUUGUCGGCUGGGUGUGGUAUGAACGGGAGAUCACCCUGCCCCAGCGGUGGACGGAAGACCUGGGCACGAGAGUGGUUCUGAGGAUCGGCAGCGCCCACUACUAUGCCAUCGUGUGGGUGAAUAGGGUCCACGGUCGACACGAGGGGGGCCAUCUCCCCUUCGAGGCUGACAUCAGUAAGCUGGUCCAGAGCGGGCCCUUGUCCUCCUGCCGCAUCACCAUCGCCAUCAACAACGUGCUGUCCCCCCACACCCUGCCGCCUGGGACCAUCCUCUACAAGACAGACCCCUCCAUGUACCCCAAGGGUUACUUUGUCCAGAACACAAAGUUUGACUUCUUCAACUACGCGGGACUGCAUCGGUCUGUGGUCCUCUACACCACACCUACCACCUACAUCGAUGACAUUACUGUCACCACUGACGUGGACCAAGACAUUGGGUGGGUGAAUUAUAGGAUUGUUGUCCAGAGCAGUGACCACUUGCAACUGGAUGUUUGUCUUCUGGAUGAGGAAGGCAAAGUCCUGGCCAAGGGGGCAGGGGUCCAGGGCCAGCUGCAGGUGCCCAGUGCCCACCUCUGGUGGCCGUACCUGAUGCACGAGCACCCUGCCUACCUGUACUCGUUGGAGGUGAAGAUGAUGGCGCAGACGGCCGUGGGGCCCGUGUCUGACUUCUAUACCCUCCCGGUGGGGAUCCGCACCGUGGCCGUCACCGAGAGCCAAUUCCUCAUCAAUGGGAAGCCGUUCUAUUUCCGAGGGGUCAACAAGCAUGAGGAUGCAGACAUCCGAGGGAAGGGCUUUGACUGGCCGCUGCUGGUGAAGGACUUCAACCUGCUUCGCUGGCUGGGCGCCAACGCCUUCCGCACCAGCCACUACCCCUACGCGGAGGAGGUGCUGCAGCUCUGUGACCGCUACGGGAUCGUGGUCAUCGACGAGAGCCCCGGCGUGGGCAUCGCGCUGGUGGAGAGCUUCAGCAACGUGUCUCUGCAGCACCACCUGGAGGUGAUGGAGGAAAUGAUCCGCAGAGACAAGAAUCACCCGGCCGUUGUAAUGUGGUCCGUGGCCAACGAGCCGGCUUCCUUCCUGAAACCAGCUGGUUACUGCUUCAAGACGCUGAUUGCCCACGCUAAAGCCUUGGACCCCUCCCGGCCCGUGACCUCUGUGACCAACACCAACUAUGAAGCAGACCUGGGGGUGAGCCUGCGGGUCUCUGCACAUCUUCCUUCCACCUGUCCUCUUGUCCUGCCCUGAUGCUUGCUGAGAUGAGCUGCUGGGAGGGACCAUGAGCAGCCAGUCUGACUGUUUCCAUAGAUGGUCUUUGGGUUAAAGAGAACUGCCAGGGAGUGAUUUGCCAGGCAGUGUAGCUUCUCGACACUAAGGAGGUCAGGCAUAGGAAGGUUGAAUUCCUUCUCAGUUCAUUUUCAAUUCAUUGAUAUCUCUACACUUUGAUUUAAUUUUAUGCCCCCAAGUUUAAUAUGCUCAGAAAAGGGCAGAGGUUUAAGGGAGCUUAAAGUCAUCAUUGACUUGUGUUUCUCCAACUCGGCUGAUCGUUGGAGCCACAAAUGGAAGCUUUUUGAAAGGACAGAGGUCCAGAUUUUGUGAUUCUGGGUCCAGGGUAGGAAUCUGUGUUUUAAAAAAAACUCCUCAGUGAUUCCAGGCACCAGUCAGCUUUGGGAACCACUGCUGUGAUCCAGGGUUGGGGGGACUGAAAAUUGAAGGGAGAGGCUCACCCAGCCGGUUGGACCCCAUGGCUCCUCUCACGGUCCCUGGGCACAGCAGCCCCUCAGAAACUGUGUUGAGUUGUUGCACAAAAGCUGUAAAACAGGAGCAAGAAGAUGCUUCACUAGGGCACUGAGGCCAGUACUAAGAAGUGCUCCAGAAAGGGAAAUCCUCUCGAGAAAGAGAGGAUAAGAAAACCCUGUUCAAGUGUAGGUGUGAGCACUGUCAUUGUCACAUGGACCCGAUGGUUUGCAGCCCCAGUGAUCCGGUGCCAUCUCUUCAAAGGAACACGACUGUGGUGGAACACCAAGGGGCACAGGCAGACCUGGGCGUCUCAAAGUCUCAGUGGCAUCCCUUUCUGCUCUGGUGGGCAAGGGAGCCUGUGCUGGUGCCCCCAGAAGGUUGCCAGGCUCACCCGCUGGGAUGUGUGAGCUAUGGUCACGUGCCCACCCAGAGGUGCCGCUUCCCAGCGGCAUCUUUCUGCCCCAAGCUCAGAAGGGUACUGUAGUCCCUUGGGAGAGAUGGACCGCAUGGGUCCCAGUGCAGACUCUGCAGGUGAACGUGGGUUCAGGUGAGCUUUGCGGUCCAACGAGCAGCGCAUUGCUCAGAUUCACGGUGGUGCUGCCCCCAUCCCGGGCUGCCCUCCUAGGAGGGAACUGUCCAGUCUCUUCAGGGCCCAUGACAGUAGCUCAGAAAGGGGCCUCAGGAGGCUCUGUGAGGAGAAAAACUGCCUUCGGCCCUCAGUUGGGCCAAGGGGAUGACUAAUGACAGGAGCGCAACCUAGAGAUGAAGGAAGUCCAGCCUGGACGGGCUCCCCUGGGCCGGCGUGCCUGCGGCCAGCUCUGCCUCUCAUCGCCCUCCCGGAGCCCAGCUGCAGCCAGGUCAGGGGUGCCGGCCCAGAACGAGAGGCUGGCUCCCUUCACUCGUGAUCUGUGUGAACAGUUACUACUCCUGGUACCACGACUAUGGGCACAUGGAGGUGAUUCAGCUGCAGUUGGCAACCCAGUUCGAGAACUGGUAUAAGGCCUACCAGAAGCCGAUGAUUCAGAGCGAGUACAAAGCGGAUGCCAUUGAAGGCUUUCACGAGAUGACUGCAGUGCUGCCUCCUCGCGCGUCAAAGACCAGCACCCCCCACACAUUCCCAUGAGAUGAAAACGCAGACCUUACACUCUGAGAACAUCUCAAAGAUCGUUAUAUCUCAGCACACGACAGACGGGAGCUCUUCUCCGGAGACAGAGUCCAUAGAUGUGGGCACUGCUUUGCUCCCUCCUCACCUGGCAGGUCUCAGCUUCAGUGAAGCUUUCUGCGGCAAAUCAUGUAUCUGAUGAGGGGUUAAUACCCAAAAUACAUAAAGAACUCAUACAGUACAAUAGCAAAAAAUCAAACAAUCUGAUUUUUAAAAUGGGCAGAGGAACUAAGUAGACAUUUUUUCAAAGAAGACACAGUUGGCCAAUAGGUAUUUGAAGGUGUUCAACAUCAGUAGUCAUAGGGAAAUGCAAAUCAAACCACAGUGAGAUAUCACCUCACACCUGUUAGAAUGGCUACUAUCAAAAAGACAAGA